UCUGUGUUUUGUCUUUCUGAAAUGUCGUUUUUGUAAUGUAAUAUAUAUUUUUUUCAAUAUAUUGUAAUAAUUUAUUGGAGAAAAGUUCCAAAAUGUAUUAAAAAUAAUUUCAUAAUAACUUACAGUUGUUUCUAGCACAGUCCAAAUAAAUAAAAAAAUAUGGCCAGUACAAUUAUUGUAGCAGGUUUAGGAAUGGCUGCAGUUGGUUUUGCAGGCCGCUAUGUACUUAGACAAAUCCCUAAUGCUUCAGUAAAAUUUUCUGAAGCUAUGAAGAAUUUGCCUAGGUUCGACAGCGAAACAUUGGCUAAUUCUAAAUAUUACAAAGGUGGAUUUGAACCUAAAAUGACGAAAAGAGAAGCGGCAUUAAUAUUGGGAGUCAGCCCCACUGCUGGUAAAGCAAAGAUAAGGGAUGCACACAGACGGGUCAUGUUACUGAAUCACCCAGACAGAGGAGGAUCACCUCUUAUUGCUGCAAAAAUUAAUGAAGCUAAAGAUGUCCUUGAAAGUGGUAAAUCAUAGUUACAUAAUAGACUGGUAUAUCAUUGUUAUUAUGUAAGUGGUAGUUUGUGGGUUACCUUCAAUCCAAGAAGAAAUGCAAUGUCAAGGACAUUAUUACUGAUAUUAGUUCAUUUUCCAGAAAUACCUUAGUUAGAACAUUUGUAGUAAUAAGUUGUUUUAUAAAAAUGUAAAAUAUGUCAAAAUAAAAAGUACUUUUGAAAGCCAGAAGUUUAAAAAAGUCAUUUUAAACUUCUGGCUUUUGGUAUGUUCAGUGUUUUGGUAUGGUU